AUGGCAGAGGUACCACAGGUUGAGGCUCUGCGUAGGAAGAUCGCAGAGCACAAGGCUAGCCUGGAAGCACUGUACUCGCAGCUUGCUGUCGCAGAGGCGCAGGAAGAUGCGACAGUGUUGAAGUCGCGGGAUGGCGUUGCAGAGUCACAGCAGCUAGAUCAGCUCGCCAUCGCAGAGUCACGGAAAGUAGGACAAGACAAUGCAGCUUGGAAAUGGCCGCUUGAAGCACAUGAAUAUGAGCGGUAUAGUCGGCAGAUGAUUGUUCCCAACUUUGGCCUUCAAGGUCAGUUACGAUUGAAAAAGGCCAGAGUUCUUCUCGUCGGCGCUGGAGGCUUGGGAUCUCCGGCUGCAGCAUAUCUCGCGGGCGCUGGCGUCGGGACGGUUGGGCUGGUGGAUGGCGAUGAGGUUGAAGUGUCGAACCUUCAUCGCCAGAUUGCACAUUCGACAUCGCGUGUUGGGAAAAGCAAGGUCGAAAGCGCCAUCACAUACUUGAAGGAACUUAACCCAACAAUCACUUACAACGCUCAUACUACACACCUCACCCCGCAAAACGCCGAGGACAUCGUCUCCGGCUACGACAUGGUGCUCGAUUGUACCGACCAUCCCACCUCGCGCUACCUGAUCAGCGACAUCUGCGUGCUCCUAGCUAAGCCACUCGUCUCUGCCUCGGCCUUCCAGACCUCGGGCCAGCUCAUCGUGCUCAACAACCCACCGCGCCAGGGCCCCUGCUAUCGCUGCGUGUUCCCCAAGCCCCCGCCGCCCGAGAGCGUCGUGGGGUGCGGCGAGGGCGGUAUCGUAGGACCCGUGGUCGGCGCCAUGGGCAUCAUGCAGGCGCUUGAAGCCAUAAAACUGAUUGCGCGUGGCGACUUGGAAGGCGGCGAGCUUAGGCCGACAACGAUGCUGCUGUUUAGUGGCAUGGCGGAUACGCCGUUCCGGACCGUGAGGAUGAGGGGCAAGCGCAAGAGCUGCUUUGCUUGUGAUGAGCAGGCCACGUUCACGCUGGAGCAGCUAAGGACGUCGAUGGACUAUGUCCAGUUCUGCGGCGUGAAUGCACCCGUUCAACUACUUCAACCAGAUGAUCGAAUAACAGCAGAGGAGUAUGGUCAGUUGAAGCUGAACAAUGAUGAACAUCUACUAUUGGACGUCCGAGAAAAAGAACACUUUGAUCUCUGCAACAUCGCGGGCUCUAUCAACGUCCCCAUCAGCCGGUUCAUGAGCACUCGAGGCGAUGCCAUUCCCGACGGUCUCCCAAAGGACCUCCCAUCAUCCACUCCUAUCUACGUCGUCUGCCGCGUUGGCAACGACUCGCAGAUCGCCACCCAGAAGCUCAAGGGCCUGGGAUUCGGAAACAACGAGCGGUUCAUCAAGGACAUCAAAGGGGGCAUGAAGGCAUGGAAAGACACCGUCGAUCCAAGUGUGCCUUUCAUAUGA